GUAAUCCGUUCCUUUUGCCUAGAUUAGGCGCGGCUUAAGUUUACCCUCCCUGUUUUACCUUCCCAUCCGCUUCCCCUUUGUUUCUCUUCUGUCCCUUCUAGCCUCUGCCGAUUUGCUCCCUCUGUUUCUUUUCUUUUUCUUUUCUGCUGAUUUGCUCCCUCUGUUUCUCACAGUUUCUGACGAUUUGCUCCCUCUGUUUCUCAUAGUUCUCCACACGCCCACAUCUCAACAAAAAUAACAGCCUUCAAAGUCGACAGGAUUUUACGGCAUUUAUUUGAGCCCUGUUCUUCUCCUUCUUCCUAGACGUGGGGUUUCCAUUUCCCAGUUCUUCUCGUCCCUUUCUUAAAGUCGGCAUCUUCCUUUGCUUUCUCCAGUUUUCUCCUACCCAGCACCUUCUUCAAGGGUUUGUUCUUAUUUGAAUAGCCUUUGUUGUAGCUAUUUGCAAAAUGCUGGCUGCUAGUGUUACUACCCCCUUGCGGCCUUCAUUAUCUACUGGACAUCGAUUAGAGUCACGAAUUGAAUGCAGUAGCCGUUGUGGCUUGGUUAGAAUUCCGACUCGGAUUAGGCCAUGGGAACUUGGCUUGCAAUCACAACCUAGUGUAGGAAGAAGUAGAAAACAAUCUUCAUCCAUUGCAUGCACCGCAACUGCUUUGCAGAAUGCAACUUGCAGUGCAUCAGGACAAACUCAAACUGUUACUCGUGAGGCACCAACUAUCACCCAAGCUCCUGUUCAUUGUUAACUAAGGCCUAUUUUUGGGUGGGUUGAACUUAUAUCAGUACUAGCAGAUUAGAGGUUCUCUCAAGUUUCAGACAUAUUUGAGUUCCUAUCUUGGAACAAUGAUGAUGUUUGACGAGAUGGGAAUUUGUGGGGAUAUGGAUUUCUUCAGUGCUCCACUCGGGGAAAAAGAUGUGGUAGCCUCACAAAUUGAACCAGAGGCGACGGUGGAGGAUGAUUAUAGUGAUGAAGAAAUUGAUGUGGAUGAACUUGAGAGGAGGAUGUAGAGGGACAAAAUGCGUCUCAAACGGCUUAAAGAGCAGAAUGAGUGCAAUGAGGGGAUUGAUAUUGCUAAACAGCGCCUGUCACAAGAACAGGCGAGGAGAAAGAAGAUGUCGAGGGCACAGGAUGAGAUUUUGAAGUACAUGUUGAAGAUGAUGGAAGUUUUUGAUGUUGUAAAACUAUAUAACAUAUGGAUUAGGAUGUAGAAUUUCAUUUUUAUCUAACCUUUUCUUAAUAUAAGUUAAUUAUGUUUAUGCAGAAUAUAAUUCUCAAGUUA